CAACUGCCAUGCUGCAGGCUCAGCUGUUUGAGUCUAGGAAGAAGCUGGAUGAGGACGUGGGGACCCUGGAGUCUCUGGAGGAGGUGAAGAGGAAGCUACAGAAGGACAUGGAGUUGACCAGCCAGCGGCUGGAGGAAAAAGCCUCCGCCUUCGAUAAGAUGGARAAGACCAAGACCCGCCUGCAGCAGGAGCUGGACGACCUCAUGGUGGACCUGGACCACCAGAGGACCAUCGUCUCGAACCUGGAGAAGAAGCAGAAGAAGUUCGACCAGCUCCUGGCUGAGGAGAAGACCAUCUCUACCCGCUAUGCUGAGGAGCGUGACAAGGCCGAGGCUGAGGCCAGGGAGAAGGAGACCAAGGCUCUGUCUAUGGCCCGGGCUCUGGACGAGGCCCUGGAGGCCAAGGAGGAGUUUGAGAGGCUCAACAAGCAGCUGAGGACUGAGAUGGAGGACCUGAUGAGCUCCAAGGACGACGUGGGCAAGAGCGUCCAUGAGCUGGAGAAAUCGAAGCGCACCCUGGAGCAGCAGGUGGAAGAGAUGAGGACCCAGCUGGAGGAGCUGGAGGACGAGCUGCAGGCCACAGAGGACGGCAAGCUGCGUCUGGAGGUCAACAUGCAGGCCAUGAAGGCCCAGUUCGACAGGGACCUGCAGGCCAGAGACGAGCAGAACGAGGAGAAGAAGAGGACGCUGGUCAAACAGGUUCGUGAGAUGGAGGCAGAGCUGGAGGAUGAGAGGAAGCAGAGAGCCCUGGCCGUGGCAGCUAAGAAGAAGCUGGAGAUGGACCUCAAGGACCUGGAGGGGCAAAUAGAAGCAUCCAACAAGGCCAGAGAUGAAGCCAUCAAACAGCUCAGAAAACUACAGGCCCAGAUGAAGGACUACCAGAGGGAGUUGGAGGAGGCCAGAGCAUCCCGUGAUGAGAUCUUUGCACAGUCUAAAGAGAACGAGAAGAAACUAAAGGGCCUGGAAGCUGAGAUCCUACAGCUGCAGGAGGACCUGGCGGCUUCAGAGAGGGCCCGUAGACACGCUGAGCAGGAGAGAGACGAGCUGGCCGACGAGAUCUCAAAUACCGCCUCUGGAAAGUCGGCCCUACUAGAUGAGAAGAGGAGGCUGGAGGCCCGCAUCUCGCAGCUGGAGGAGGAACUAGAGGAGGAACAGAGCAACAUGGAGCUGCUCAACGACCGCUUCCGCAAGACCACCAUGCAGGUACAGUGCAACUCUCACAUUGUCAAACACGUACACACAGCUCAUGAAGGUACAGAACAGUCUCUUUAUGGCCUGGAGAGUAGAAUGGAGAGGCAGAACAAGGAGCUGAAAGGCCAAGCUGGGAGAGCUGGAGGGGCAGUCAAGUCCAAGUUCAAGGCUGCCAUCACCGCCCUGAGGCCAAGAUACUGGCAGCUGGAGGAGCAACUGGAGCAGGAGGCCAAGGAGAGGGCAGCAGCCAAUAAGAUCGUCCGACGCACAGAGAAGAAGCUGAAAGAGGUGGUGAUUCAGGUGGAGGACGAGCGUCGCCAUGCCGACCAGUACAAGGAGCAGAUGGAGAAGGCCAACUCUCGUAUGAAGCAGCUGAAGCGUCAGCUGGAGGAGGCUGAGGAGGAGGCUACCAGGGCCAACGCCUCCCGUAGGAAACUACAGAGGGAGCUGGACGACGCCACCGAGGCCAGCGAGGGCCUGACCCGCGAGGUCAACACACUCAAGAACCGCCUCAGGCGUGGAGGCCCCAUCAGCUUCUCGUCUAGCCGUUCAGGCCGCAGCCGGCAGCUCCAGAUCGACGGAACCUCCGUGGACAAUUCUGACGACGACGCCGACAGCCGCGCCAGCGACCACAACGACACGCAAGCCUCCAACCAGACCGAAUAGACGCUCCCUGCUAAUCCUACCAACCCUAUCGAUUAGCCAGCCUGGCAGCAUAGUGACUACAACACCUCAGCCUCUCCAUCUGUUCCUGUCCACGAGUCAACAGCAGGGAGAACCAGGGUCCUGUUCAUUAGGCACCAAAACAGAAGAAAACAGUCCGAAACAGGGAGGGACUACCUGGAUUUGUCCAAUAAGAACCGCUCGUUUUCAUUUUCCGUUGAAAGACGCUUUCAAACGUUUUGCUACGGUGUGUUCUAAUGAAUACGACCUAGACCACCCCACCCCUCCCAGAAAUGCUCCCUCCCUGGGGAUGACAAAGCAAUUACUCCCACUUGAGCGGCUUACUCUGCCUUACUGUAACGUUACUCUAACAAUAUUCCUACUCUACUUUGGCUAGCUGCUCGGCCCGGCGAGUGUCCCAACGAUCUUAAUAUAGUCCUCCCUAGGCGUGGAAUUAUGUGCUUAAAUUAAUAUGUAAACUUAUGUCCAAGUGAUUUUUACUUAUGAACUAUGCGUGUGUGCACAUGUGAGUAUGUAAGGUAUGUGUAUGCCCCUGAAUGCCAAACUGCAAUGAAAGGAGCAAAACUAGGAAACGUUCACUUUUGUCAUCCUCCUCCCACAUUAAACAAAACAUUGUCUUGUAAUACAAGUGUGUCACCAAAUGUAAAGCCAUCAUCUCUCCCCUGGCUUAAAGCAGGCCUAACAAAACUCUGUCCUCUCCGAUGAUAGUCCUAUUCAACAAUAGGUCAGACUGCCUCCGCUUCCCUCAUUGCAUGAGUCUCUUCCUAAUGUACAGACUAUUGUUCCGCUUCUAAACACUACAAUGAAACAAGAUGGUGGAUUCACACAGUCUGACCUGUUCUGGGAGAAAAACAUGGAAUGGAAAGAAAGUUUUAACUGUGCUUUUCUCCACUUGCCACAGCAUCUCGUCACAACACUUUAAAAACAAUUGGUAACUGACUUCUUAUAGGAAUCGCAUAGGUCAUGAUUGACGGUUUUUGUUGUUUUGUAUUUUGACCAAUUGUAACACUAUUUUUCCUGUUGUUCAGGAAGAAGGGUUGAAGGCAGUGAAGUGUGGUAUGCUUAGAUAGAUGGUCGCUGGCGUACGUAUCACAGAGAAUCGCUGGAAACUGCAGAAUGAGUGUUCAUAUGCCCCUGUAACUGGAGCCAGGAAACCCCAAGCUUCUCUCAUGAGUGGUCACAUGAUGUACAAUACAGCCCCUUAGUCCAACACUAAUGGUGAGAGCUUCGAUUGAACGUGUAGUUUGACUAGCUAAAGCCUACCGCUCAGAGCAAGGGAGACUGCCAUCUCACUGUGUUUGUGCCAUGGUUUGGUAGCAAAGUAGGACCCCCAACUCUCUAUUAUAAUACGCUGACACACCAACUACCAAGCACUUAGUAUUCCUAGAUAUAACAGCCUUCUACUGGGGAUAGCAUCUCAAAGCUCUAAAACUAUUAAGCCACUCUUAACGUCCCAGAAUGUCCAUAUCCAUCAGCGCUCUCUAUUCUUCCUUUGGCAUCUCUGUUCAGUAUUAAAAGAUGGUAAUAUAUGGAAACUGCCACUUUCAUUUGACUUUUACUCCAAUGUUAGCUCAGCUGUAAUGACAUGUUUCUUUAAAGUGCCUUAGACACUAGAUAAGAGCAUUAGUGGGUAAUGCACGGUGUGCACCUGUAUUAAAAAGAAAGACGUGUAGGUGAGCACCUGUAUUAAACAGAAAGACGUGUAGGUGAGCACCUGUAUUAAAAAGAAAGACGUGUAGGUGAGCAUGUAUU